AUGCUGACAGCGAUCGACCGGUUCACCCGUUGGCCCGAGGCUGUGCCAAUGCCCGACAUGACUGCCGAAACUGUCGCCACUACCUUCCUCUCAGUAUGGAUCUCCCGAUUCGGCGUUCCGUCUCAGGUCACUACUGACCACGGCAGACAGUUUGAAAUUGCCCUCUUCUCCGCCUUCACAAACUUGCUCGCAACUGCCCGAGUGCGAACGACAUCAUACCAUGCUGCGUCCAACGGCAUUGUCGAGCGCAUGCACCGUCAUUUAAAAGCUGCACUCAUUGUUCACGAAGACCAAACGCACUGGUCGGCCCACCUGCCCAUGGUCCUUCUUGGACUCCGUGCCGAACUCAAGCCUGACCUUGGCCCCAGGCGUGCGGAGCUCGUCUACGGCAGAGCCCCGCGCCUGCUCGGCGAAUUUUUCGCCUCCUCUUCAAACCAGUAUAACGCAUCAGACUUUGUGCGGCAUCUUCACGACUUUUUCAGCUCCAUUCGUCCCGUCCGGCCUCGCCCAUCCUCGUAA